CAGGUAAAAGAUUUACAAAACUGCAAAGAAAAACAACCACAACUGGAGCAAAGAGAAAAAGAAACUGAAGCACCUUUCACAAUGAAUGUAGAAUUGAAUUUUUUCUGGUUGAUUUUGGUUGGCCUUUCAUUUGGUACAAGAAUGUGGCAACUGACUUCUCCUAAACAUGUUAUGUAAGUAUAAUAUUAUAGUUAAUGGUACAUGUUCAUUAUUUUGUUUAAAUACUGGGGAUCCCCACUACUUUACUGUUAUUUUGAAGCCUGGUCAUCACCUAGGGAGACAGUAUAAGCAUAUAAGCAUAGCGUGGUCCUCAAUAGUGACACAAGUAUAAGCAUAAGCAUAGCAUGGUUCUCACUAGCCAUGCAAGCACCAGCAUAAGGGAAAGAAGCUUCUGCGUUAGUGAGGAUGGCCUUGACAUAUAAGCACAGGCAUAAACACAAGAAUAUCAACUUAUGCUUAUGUUAAGGCCAUCCUCUCUGGCACAUAAACUUUUUGUGGGUGACAAGAGGAGCCCACAAUCCUAAUCUCCAGGUUGUUAUUACGCAUGCGUCGCAUGUAUGUAGCCAACAUUCGUUGGGACUUCCACUAAGAAUGAAUGGAAUGCACAUAACGCAAUGUGAUCAUGUGCGUUUGGACCUUCUAUCACUCGUAAUCUGAUCAUGCAUGUUUUGACCAUCUCUCACGUGAAACUUGCACAAAGCAAAGCGUUGGAGCCGUUCGAUUGUUGUCACCCACACUCCAUAACCUUUGGUUAUAUUUACUAGUUAUGUUCAUAAUUAUUCUCAUGCUUGUGUUAUGCUUAUGCCUAUGUUUGCCUUGCUAGUGAGGACCAGGAUUUAGACAAGUAAGAGGUCAAAUCCCAAGGUCCUUGAUUCAAUUUUCCAUUCAAACCACUUCCUGGAUUUGUUUCUUGGUACAUGUACAGUCAACUCUCUCUAAGACGGACACCUUUGGGACCGGCACUAAGUGUCUGUCUUAGAGAGGUGUCCAUCUUAUAGAGGUGUCCGUUAAGAGAGAGUCGACUGUACAGGUGUAGCUGUACAGUCAAACCCCGUUUUAUGGACACCCACUUAAUACUGACCCUCUUUAUACUGACACCCUGUUAAUACAGACACUUUCCUUGGCCCCCUUCAACGUCCGUACAGUGGAGCCUCAAUAUAACGAGGGGCCAAGGGACUGACAUAAUUAUGUUUGCUAUAAAGGGGUUUUGUUCUAUUGAGGUUCUUUUCAAUAUAAAAUACUAUUCCUGGGGCUAGGCAUAUUAUCGUUCAUUAUACAGAGUACUUUGUUAUGUAACAGCCCUUUAAAUAAAGAUUCCACUGUAUUAACAGGGUUUCACUGUAUUUCAACUCUUUCAAUACUUCCUGCUUAUAAAUGGCCUGAUUUGUCCCCUGCCUUUUCAGUUUUUAACCAUGCUAUGUUUCAUUGAUUUGUGACUGUUUGAGUAGAGUACCUAGAUAGGGCUAGUAUGAUAUUUAGGAUAAAUUAUAUAUAUUUUUUAAUGGUUUGACAUUCAGAUUAAGGUUACCGGAUACCUUCGGAGGCGUCCAAUACGCGAGUAGUGUAGCGCAUUCCAGUUAAACUCAAGGCUGCAGAUUCCUAAAACCCUAUAUCAAAUCAAAGCUUUUUAAACUGGCUUUCUUAAUAAUUAAAACCAACAGCUUUUUGAAAAAAAUAUUAUGCACUGUUCAUUUUUUUAGGAUUUUUUAAUGUGAACAACAGAUUUAGCUUUCAAAAGCUAAAACUCAGAUUUGUUCUUUGGGAAGUCAAAACCCCCCCCCCCCCCCCACAAAAAAAAAAAAAUUAACUCCCUCGGAGUUAUUGCUUCUUAAAGUGUCCCUUCUACGCAGGAAAUAUAAGAUGAGAAAAAGGCAAUUGAAAAUCCCACACUUCAUAAACAAACUCUGCCCAAAAAUACUUCUCAGAAAACUGGGCCAAUCAGCGCUUGGAUAAGAUAACUUCUGUUCAAUUUUAGCACACUUUCUGUUUUUAAAUAGCUUUUGAGCCAUGUUUGUGUUGUGGUCAAUAGUGAGAUCAACUUUUUUUCAUGGCUGUGGAAAUGAAAGACCACAAAUCCAGCCACCUCUUGGUCAAAAGCAAACCAGCCGAUAGAAAGAAAAGAAGAAAGGACAGUUCAGUGGCUUCCACUGAGGCCAAUAUUAACAUAGAGAGAGGAUAAUAUAAUUUUAAAAGCGAUGCAACUGAUUGGGUAACCUGUAGCUUUCUUUUGUUUCAGUUCUAGUUUAGCUUACGUUUUUCUCUUACUACAUUGGCAAAUAACUGAGUCCUGAAUUAUGAUUUUUAUGUACUGUCACCACUAGGCUGACUCUGACUACUCUGACUAAGUAAAUGUAAAAUGUGCCACUCAGCCUAGAUGAGUGGUUCAUAACGUCCUUUUUGAAAAUGUUGUUAUUUCUCAAAUGCCUAUCAAAUAUUUUUUGGAAAAAAAAAAAGACGUUUCUAUCCAUUGCUUCUUUAAUAUUCUUCUGUCGUGCUGUUGUUCAUUGAGAUUCCCUUUUGCCCUUCACUUUGUGCCCUUUUUUGAAAGAAAAGAUACUGCAUCGAGUCGCUAACUAAAAGAAAAACAUUCCUGAUUAUUCAUCCACCUCUCAUGGAAAUUCCCGCAAAAAACACCAUAGGGCGGUCAAUCAAAAGAGUAACUUUUACUUCUGGUUCAAACAAAAAACUGUCAUUUCUCCAUCAAAAUUUACUCUUCUCCAUUUUUUCUUUCUUUCUCAUAAAGAUCACACUAAAACCCUUACUAUGAGCCAACAAUAAAAAUUUUAACAUUUUUCAUCUGAAGGUAUCCGCUAACCUUUAAUAAGUAAGUAUGUAACCGUAUUUAAGCAGCUGUCUACAAAAUUGAUUUCUCUUUUUGAUCUUAACUUCACAGAUUUGAUGAAGUACAUUUUGGCCAGUUCACAAAUUUUUUCAUGAGGAAUCAGUUCUUCUUUGAUGUUAAUCCACCACUAGGAAAGCUCAUAUUUGCAUUAACAGGUAAAAACUUGGUUAUGCUGAAAUAGGGAAUGAAGUAUAGAUUGAAGUAAGAAAAUACUCAGACUGUACUGUGAACUGUAAUUUUCAAGUUCCGUGGACUGGGCAUUUCCCGCAGCUGCUAGGAGCAUGAUCCCCAGCUUCUUUUGUAGGAACAAAAGGAGAAUUAGAAUCAAAAGAAAUUCCUUGCUGUUCAAUUGGAUCAAUCAAGGUUUCUGGGAAACUGCCCACCUACCCCUCCCCUAAGCUAUCAUUUUGCCCUAAGUAAGAAGUAAGUGUUAAUUUUUUACUUUAGGGCAGGGGUAGGUGGGUCGUUUCCCAGAAAUCUAGACUGAUUCCAAUUUCCCACCUACUGGUUAAUGUAUAUGUUACAGGUCAAAUUUGAUUUCAAGUUAAUUAAACCUAGGACGAUUUUCAAUUGCCUUUGACCCAUAGCCCUAGGAGACAAAGGAGAUAGAGAAUCAACCUAAAUGAUUAAAUGAUUUUCACCUGAAAAUCAAAUUUGACCUGUAACAUACAGGUCAAAUUUGGUAGACUGUUGGUAGAUUGUCCGCAGACAGUUUACUGACAGUCGGCUGGCAGAGUUUUAGCGGAGCUCUUCUUCACUUUUACCAUAUUAUUGGUCCCUCUUUAUUGGAAUGCUGCUGUUAGAGUUAAUCCCUAAAUUUAAUUGUAAGUUAUUUAUAGGAAUCUGAGGCCUUAACUCUCAAAAGAUCAGUUCUAAAACCAAGCUAGUUAAAAGGAAAUGUGAAAAUGAAUUAAUCAGCAUGUCACGAGUGUGAGACAAAGAAAAAAUCUGAGUCCCCGACAGGAUUUGAACCUACGACCUCCAAAACACCGAGCAGGUGCUCUAUCCACUUGAGCUACAGAAAACUCAUGGAGUGCAAGGCCAUAAUUAUACUAGGUUGAUAUUUGAGACGUGUCCUGCAUACUGCUUGGAUUAGCAGUGUUAAAAAAAAUUCUGUUGUUAUGGCACAAUUAUGGGCCACUUGCACAAAGAGGUUAGGUGACCAAUGCUUCCUUUAAACAAUGGGCUGGAAUCUUGCUGGUGCCAAAAAUUGAUGGAGCGCAUAAAAAUUAUCUUACACUCGAAAUUUGAGAGGAAACGCAUUUAAGGGAGAUAUUUUAUGGCACGUUGAUUUUUCAACAAAGUAGUAUGAUUUGUAUUGACCUCCAUGUUGGAGGGCAUACUCUUGCCCUCCAACAUGGCGGCCAAAACUACUUUUUGCUUGUAUCUUGUUAAACAUUUAGAUAGUUAUGCUCAGAUGUGCUAAAAACAUUACCACAUUAUCUUUUCAACAAUUUCCUUGAAGUUUAAGUGCAAAAAUCUGUUCAGAAAGAGGUAAUGUGUAGUUCUAGAAACUGUCCAUCCUCCCCCCACAGAAGGGAUUAGAAAUUCCUGGGGUUGGGGGGUUCUCAAAGGCCCAAAAAUAUAAGUAAAUGUAUGAAGCUUGACUGGAAUUUCGAGAGAGUUGGGGGGGUCUAGGGAAAAAUCCCUUCCGUGGGGAAGGUAUGGAUAAUUUUUGGAACCACACAAUUCAUAGUUUUAAAAAUCACAUUUUGGUCACGUGACCAGCUACGAACUUACUCAUUAUUUUUGAGAAAAAUGGUGUGGGUUUGAAAAACUUAAUCACUAUUAUUUUGUUUAAGAUAUGACCCACUAAUUGUUUUUUGAAGGCAAAUUCAUAUAACUUUCACUUUCAUAAAAAUGAUGUCACAUGACCUCCUAGUGCAUGGCCUACACACUUCCCUCACAUAAUGCGUAAACCUACAAAAAGGCAGUUCACGAAAUAAAAAAUAAAAAAAAUAAAAGGUUUAAAUAAAUAAAAGGUUUUUCUUGUGUUAAAAGAUUUUGACUGAUCAUAAGAGUUGCAAAUAAUAGCCAAGAAAAGUUUACAAUUUUACAUGUUCCUCACAUAGGAUUUCUGUGUUACUUAGACUCAGACAAGAUAUUGUUAUGAGGAAGUUGGUUAGAAAACAAGGGAUNAAUGUAUGAAGCUUGACUGGAAUUUCGAGAGAGUUGGGGGGGUCUAGGGAAAAAUCCCUUCCGUGGGGAAGGUAUGGAUAAUUUUUGGAACCACACAAUUCAUAGUUUUAAAAAUCACAUUUUGGUCACGUGACCAGCUACGAACUUACUCAUUAUUUUUGAGAAAAAUGGUGUGGGUUUGAAAAACUUAAUCACUAUUAUUUUGUUUAAGAUAUGACCCACUAAUUGUUUUUUGAAGGCAAAUUCAUAUAACUUUCACUUUCAUAAAAAUGAUGUCACAUGACCUCCUAGUGCAUGGCCUACACACUUCCCUCACAUAAUGCGUAAACCUACAAAAAGGCAGUUCACGAAAUAAAAAAUAAAAAAAAUAAAAGGUUUAAAUAAAUAAAAGGUUUUUCUUGUGUUAAAAGAUUUUGACUGAUCAUAAGAGUUGCAAAUAAUAGCCAAGAAAAGUUUACAAUUUUACAUGUUCCUCACAUAGGAUUUCUGUGUUACUUAGACUCAGACAAGAUAUUGUUAUGAGGAAGUUGGUUAGAAAACAAGGGAUUAAUACACAGUCAUGCUGCUUUGCAAAGAUUUUGAAAAUUUGAUGUUUAAACCAAUCAGAAGUGUAGUAGAGACAAUAGUAAAGUGAGCGCCUCCUUGCAUUCUGGCAUGUUCUUUGCACUUGGUUCUUUCCUUCUUAUCUGUAUUUUGGGCAUUUUUGUAUGAUCAUUCAACUUUUUUAGCACUGAAUUUCCAAUUUGUUCUGUAACUUUUGAUCACAAUCAAAAAGGGGAAAACCCUGACACAAUAACAUUUUUUGAGGGCUUUGACUUCCAAAAGACUAGAACAAAUCAAUUUAGUGAAAAAAAAACCAUUGCUGUGAGUUUUAGCUUUCAAAAGCUGAUCCUGACAUUUGCAAUAAAGAAUCCUGAUAGAAUCGGUGUUGUAUAAAAAACUGUUGGUUUAUGAAGAAGGCUAGUUUAAGAAGCUUAAUUUGAUAUAGGGUUUAAUGUAUCUGCAGUAUGACAGACCACUUUCGAUAUAUUAAAAUUCAUACGUGGCUCUGCGUCUUCGGGAAAUGAAACAAAAAUGUAUUAUCCAUCUCUGAGCCUCAGGAUGAUUUCUCGUCUUUUAUUCCCCCAAGCCUUGCAGUCAUGAAUGAAUUUUAAUAUAUCAAAAUUUGUCUAUUGGAACACACUACAUUACUUGCACAUGAGACACCCCCAAAGGCUUCCAGUAACCUUAAACAGAUACCAGUAAUGUCUGCCUCCCCAUGAAGUUAAUAAUUUUUAUAAUCAUUGUUAAAAAAAUGUUUGAUAAGUAAUGAGUUCCAUUUUUGCACAGCAUAUUUUACUGGAUAUGAUGGGCAGUUUACAUUUGCUGAUAUCGGUCAAGGUAUUGUAUAAUCAACAGUGAAUUUUUCAAGUUUUUGUUUUUAUAACUUUAACAUUAAUUACCUGAAACUCUUAACGUCAUGCAAUCUGACUGAACUUUUAAUUAUCAUCACAGAACUUGGUGACUAUGAAUACCAUGUGUGGUAUUUACGGUUUGUCUCCGCCCUCCUUGGUAGUCUUGUUGUACCAAUGGUAUACGAGGUGGGUGGAAAAAUGUUGUAGAAUUAUGUUUUGGCUCAAUAUCAAUACUCUGCCAGAGCUACAGAGAGUUUUUGUUAAACACCUAGGUCUCUGGAAAUUCUACUUUAACUUCAGCUUAAAAAAUGUUUGGUCUUUAAGACCCCUCAUUUCAACCAAAAGCCAUCAUUUCACCUCAAAAAAUGUGUAUCAACUCUCUAGCUUUUGAAUACAAACAAUCUUUCAUGCAACUUCAAGGCUGUGCUCUAAGGAAAAUUGAAGGGAGCCCAGUGCCCUGAACCUGUGAAAGUUAGGGUGCCCUGCAUAGGAUUUCUAUGAAAAAACUAAGAUUUCCUUCUCACCGAAGAGCAAAGGUAAGGUGCCACAGGGACAUGGGACGCUGCAAGAGCACAGCCAGGCGAUUAUAACAGUACUUAAAGACCAUGCUGUAUGAUAAUUUGGAUAUAUUCAGUCUUCAUACUUUUUAUUAUCAAUGAAGAAUAUUGCCCUCUUUUUAUUGCUCUUUACUUUGAUUGUUUCCAAUUUGAUGCAGAUAAUUGUAGAGCUUGGAUGUUCUCAUUGGGCUGCUGCCCUUGGCGCCUUCUUAGCAACAUUUGGUAAGAACUAAGGCUAAAUAUUCCAUUGCCACAAAUGAUCUCUUUCACUUAGCAACAGUAAACAUCCAAGGAUUUUGGGCUCCCCACUCUAGCACAAAACUAACCUUACUUUUUUCCAAGAGCCACAUAGCUCCUUAAUAAUAGAUUAUCUUACAGUGGUAUAUACCUAGCCAAUUCUUAAAAGUUAGUUUCCAGAGAGUUUAAAGGUAAAUUAAAAAAGGUUUUAGGCUUUUAUUUUAAUAGCCAGACCUUUCAGUGCAGAUAGUGUAUACUAUAACCAUUUAUUGUUUCUCAAAAUAUAUUUGUGAGCAACAUAAGUUGACACUUGCAAGGAUCCAUGUAAAAGGUAACUACUUCAAAAGAAAGAUGCAUGGAGAAUAUGCAAUUUUCAGAAACAAACUGCCAUGCUAUGCACAUUUUCAAAGAUUCACAGUGUCUUUACACAAGAUGUGGUGAAGAAUUCAAUCACCAAUUUGGCAACUGUUUUUAAGUAUUUGGUCACUCACACAGAAAGUUUAGACACAUUUGGUAACUGUACACUAACUUGCAUGCAUGUCUUUUUUGACAGCCUUUUUAUUCUUGUAACGCUACACUAUUAUUAAAUUUCUCUGCAGAUAACAUGCUCGUGGUGCAUAGCAGACUUAUUAUGUUGGAUGGUCUUCUAGUGUUUUUUUGUACUGCAUCAUUCCUCUGCUACCUUAAGUUCCACAAAGAAUUCAGUAGGUGAGAAUGUGAAUUGUACACAUUUUNACAGUGUCUUUACACAAGAUGUGGUGAAGAAUUCAAUCACCAAUUUGGCAACUGUUUUUAAGUAUUUGGUCACUCACACAGAAAGUUUAGACACAUUUGGUAACUGUACACUAACUUGCAUGCAUGUCUUUUUUGACAGCCUUUUUAUUCUUGUAACGCUACACUAUUAUUAAAUUUCUCUGCAGAUAACAUGCUCGUGGUGCAUAGCAGACUUAUUAUGUUGGAUGGUCUUCUAGUGUUUUUUUGUACUGCAUCAUUCCUCUGCUACCUUAAGUUCCACAAAGAAUUCAGUAGGUGAGAAUGUGAAUUGUACACAUUUUAAACUUCUGAAUGUUACGAUUUACUGCUGUUUAGUACCUGUUAACUGGCUAUUUUGGUCUGCAACUGUUCGUAGUGAAAAAAAUUGUUUUUAAGACUGUGGUUGGUAAAUGACCAACAAACAACACCUCAAGAUAAUGUCAGUUUACUGAGAAUUUUUAAGGAGACAGAGGUGGGUAACCCUCAGAAGCUUCAAAACACUCAUUGUUUGGCAUUUUUCUAUGCUUUUACUUCAUCAGUGUUUCAAUAUACUACUGGUAGUUAUAGCAGUCAGGUUUGCUAAAGCUAACUCAGUUGUUCCUUAAAGAGCAUUCUAAGAUCGUGGGGUUUGCAGGCAACCAUUUCCUCCUCUUCCCUCCCCAUUCCCCUUUGCUCUUGCUACAUGUACAACUUUUAUGCCAUAACUUGAUCAGUUUUUGUUGUUGUUCCAACUGUCUCAAUGAACUUGCAUGGAAAUGCUUCCUAGGCAGGCUAAUGAAACACUACUUGAUGGUGUAAUUCUUUUUAAAUUACUUUUCUUGUAGACCCUUUACAUAUAAAUGGUGGAUAUGGCUGGUUCUUACAGGCAUUGCUGUAAUGGGUGCCUACAGGUGAGCUUGAUUGUCUACCAAGGCUGCAUAAAUGUGCCACAGUGGCUUCAAGACUGACCCCAGUUGUGAACCCUUUGAACUGUUAGCAAACUUAAAUUUUGAAUGAUGGUAUUACCGUCACAGUUGCAAUCGCAAUUUCAGUAAUGUUGCCGAUUAACUGGAAAACAUUUCAGGCCUUCAAUGGGAUUUGAGCCCAUGGCCUAACAUUAGCAUUGCAGGGCUCUACCAACCUAGCUCUGAGCUAAAUAUAUUUGAUGGAGGAAAAUUUCAGUCUAGUCAACACAAAGAAACAGCCUUAGGCCAUUUACAUGAGUAUGUGUUACUUUGAUUUUUGAAGAGAAAAUAAAAUCCAUUUGAAUGGCAUUUAUGAGAGCUUCCCAAAAAAAAAAACAUGUGAUGGUUUAUAAAUGAACAAAGAACUGGGAGGAGAGGAAGAAUUCUGGCUAAUCAAAAAGUCUGGUUGAUUGAGGUUUGGAUGUUCAACAUUAGACUGUAACCCCUUCUCCCCUGAAAAAAAAAUACACACACCAGUAUUAUCAGUCUAGCUAGUCUAUAAUUUUUACUGGUGUCAACUCUCUGUUUCAGCACUAAAUACACAGGGAUAUUUACUUUUCUAACUGUUGGAUUUUUAACUGGCCGAGACUUGUGGAAACUUAUUGGGGACCACUCACUUCCAGGUGUAAGUACAAGUACAAAUACCACUGAAUCAUAGUCAACAGUUACCGGCACCGUACAAACGACUUCUUGACGGAAUCAAGCAAAAGUAACUACAAGAGAACGACUGGACAAAUGACAAUUUGACAAUAGAUGACAAUAGAUGGAUCGAAAGGCACCAAUGACAUUAUGAGUCUACAUAGCCAAUAACAUCACCGCUUAACUAACAGACGACCAAUAACAUAGCGACUUAAUUGACCAGUCGGGUCAAUAACCAGAGUUUAAUACCAUCAACAUUCAGGACUACGUUCACCCGGAAGAUCAUACAUAACCUACUUAAAUGACUCCUGGGUUCAAACCUUUCACACAAGAAAAAGCAUUAUCCAUAGCACUCUUCAACAAAUGGGCUCAUUGUCUCAAAUUUAUAAGGGGAGUUUUCAAUACAAUUCUCAUUUUUUGCAUCCUUCUGUACAUUAAUUUAUCAGUGGUUUAUACUAGGGAUAACAGUCAAGUUUGCUAAAGUUAAUUUAGUUGUUCCAAAAAGAGCUUUGUAGGUAAUGAACCAAACAGGCCUGGGAAUAUAUAUCAUUGCAGUAAUCAAGUUUUGUUUUUUUUUUGAGAUAGUUCAAACUUACACUUUUUUUUACUAUUACAAAGUCAUAGUCGUGUUGUGAUAUUUUCCUAGAAGGCAACUUCAAUACCUUGUAAUAAGCCAGAAAUUGGUUUAAAAAUGAUACAUCUAUAGGUUACCCUAGAAAACACACCAAGCAUCUCAAUGCAGCCAAAUGGAGAUCACGUAGUGGGCUUGGACUAUGGUAAAUAGUUUUUCUCAGCUAGAACCUCUUGCUUCUUGUUUCUAAAAUUUCUUGUUUUAUUUUCCACUAUAGAGAGAGCUCACAAAACAUGUUAUAAGCAGAACUGCCUGCCUUGUUAUUUUCCCUGGGAUCCUGUACCUACUUCAGUUUUACAUUAUGUUUGCUGUAUUAUCAAAGAGUGGAGCCCAUGAUGAUAUGAUGUCCAGUGCUUUCCAAGCCAGUCUUCAGGUACCUAUAUAUUUUGCUACA